UCGCUCUCUCUCUCUCUCUCUCUCUCCCACUGUGUUACUCACUCGCAGCCUCCGAGAACAACACCAGCACCUUAGCAUCACCUGCAGACGGACGUCGCACCAGGCGAGAUGUCUCCACUUUCGAGCCGGCAUCUGUGAAAGAUGGGUACGAUGAAAAAGGCUCGCAAGUGACACUCCGUGCACGGAGUAGACAUAACCGCAAGAACACAAAAUCAAAGCGGCCCUGCCUCGUCGGGGGAGAGAUCCGCCAAUAUGAUGGAGAUCCAGAUCGACGAGGUGGUCUAUCAGGAUGACUACGGCUCCGAGUCCGUUAUGUCGGAGCGGGUGUCAGGCCUGGCGCGGAGCAUCUACCGCGAGUUUGAGCGCCUCAUUCGUUGUUACGACGAGGAGGUUGUCCAGGAGCUUAUGCCGCUCGUAGUGAACGUUCUGGAGAACCUGGACUCCGUGCUCACCGAGAACCAGGAGCAUGAAGUGGAGCUGGAGCUGCUCAAGGAAGACAACGAGCAGCUGCUGACGCAGUACGAGCGGGAGAAAGCGCUGCGCAAGCAGGCUGAAGAGAAAUUCAUUGAGUUUGAAGAUGCACUCGAGGGUGAGAAGAAGGAGCUGCAGACGCAGGUGGAGAAUAUGGAGCUGCAGGCCAGGCAAAUGGAGCUCAAGACCAAGAAUUAUGCGGACCAAAUUACUCGCCUGGAGGAGCGUGAAUGGGAGAUGAAGAAGGAAUAUAAUGCACUUCACCAGCGACACACAGAGAUGAUCCAAACAUAUGUGGAGCACAUCGAGAGGACAAAAGCCCAGCAGGUGGGAAGCAACAGCCAGACGGAAGGAACAGGAAGCAUUAGAGCUCAGCGCCAAUCCUGGAAGAAAAGCAGGACAGAGCGACCGCCCUCACUCAGCCUGUUAGCCAACAUGGAUGGGAUGGUACGUGGGUUGCAGGGGGGGGCUAGGAUGACGCCCGGCUCUGACGCCUGGCACACCAACGAGCUCAGCCAGCCUCUCUCCAUCUCCAGCUACAAGGAUGAUGAGUCCGAGUCUGGCCAGUCCUCUGCUGCCGCAACUCCCAGCACGGCUGGCACCAAGUCCAACACCCCUACCUCCUCGGUGCCAUCUGCAGCUGUCACUCCACUCAAUGAGAGCUUCCAGCCAAUCAUGGACUUUGACAUGGCGCGGAACAACAAGAAGAAGGGCGCCAAACGUCUCAGCCGCAAUAUGGAAGUACAAGUCUCACAGGAAACGAGGAAUGUCAGCAUAGGGAUGGGAAGCAGUGAUGAGUGGUCAGAUGUUCCUGAUAUCAUCGACUCCCCACCUGACCUGGAUGUGUGUCCCGACCCCAGGAUCGGUCGCACAGGGAACAGCCCAACCCAUGGAAUUGUUAACAAGGCUUUUGGGAUUAACACGGAUUCGCUGUACCAUGAGAUCUUCACUGCUGGGUCAGAGGUGAUUGGGGACGUAGAUGAGGGCGCAGACUUGCUUGGGGAGUUCUCAGUGCGUGAUGAUUUUUUCGGCAUGGGGAAGGAAGUCGAGAAUCUGCUGAUUGAGAACACCCAGCUUCUGGAGACAAAGAAUGCCCUGAACAUUGUCAAGAACGACCUCAUUGCCAAGGUUGAUGAACUGUCCAGUGAGCAGGAGGUGCUGAGGGGCGAACUGGAAGCUGUGCGGCAGGCCAAGAUCAAACUGGAAACCAGGAUCAAAGAGUUGGAAGAAGAGCUGAAACGGAUCAGAUCAGAAGCACUGGAAGCACGGCAGGACAACAAGGAAGAAAGUGUUGAUUGUUACUCAUCACCCUUACAGGAUGAUGUGCCCAUGGCCCAGCGACGGAAGUUUACCAGGGUGGAGAUGGCCCGCGUCCUCAUGGAGAGAAACCAGUAUAAAGAGCGACUCAUGGAACUGCAGGAAGCUGUGCGGUGGAGUGAGAUGAUCAGAGCCUCACGUGAAAAUCCUCUAUAUCCAGAAAAGAAGCGAUCCAGCAUUUGGCAGUUCUUUGCAAGACUCUUCAGUACUUCCUCAAGUCCACCUCCAACCAAGCGCUCCUCUACUGCAGUUAACAUACACUACAAGUCGCCAACGCCAGCAGGCUUCUCCCAGCGCCGCAGCUACACCAUGUGCCAGAUCUCCACCAGCAAUCCUUUCGAGUGAGUGACUUUUACAUUUCAUUCUUCCACAGUGAAUGUGGCCUGGUCCGCUCGGCGGGAGCAGCGGCUGAGCCAGUAUCGGCAGGUCCGUGAGCACAUGCGCAUGGAUGACGAGCUCAUGCAGUCAUGUGGCUGGAGCCUUCCAUCCCGCUUCAAGCAGCUGAGUCCAAAUGGUGGUCAGGAAGACAACCGUAUGAAAAGCUUACCGGUGCCUGUCUAUUGCCGUCCAUUAGUGGAGAAAGAUCCUACAAGAAAGCUGUGGUGUGCUGCAGGUGUGGACCUGGCUGGCUGGAAACAUCCUGAAGACAGUCCCCUCAAUGGCAUUAAGUCAUCUGCCAGCAGUUCUGACCCACUGAAUGCUGAAGGCGAUGCAGAGGAGAAGGAGAGCAACUAUAGUUCACCAGAGAAGAAAAAGGUAAAGGACUCCCUUUCUAGCCGUGUGUGGAUCAUAACCAGCAAGGCAGCCAGCAAAGUCGUCAUCAUUGAUGCCAAUCAGCCUGGCUCGUUGGUAGACCAGUUCAACGUCUGCAAUGCCCAUGUACUCUGCAUCUCCAGUGUGCCAGCUGCCAGUGAGAGCGACUAUCCAGCAGGUGAGAUCUUUCUGGAGCCGAGUGAAGGGACCUCAGAGGAGACCAGUGGCAUGGAAGGUGUCCUGGCUGGAAUCACCCUCGUGGGCUGUGCCACGCGCUGCAGUGUAGUGCGUAGCAACUGUUCAUCUCGUACAGACACUCCCAUUCUGGACAAGGGACCAGCUGCAGGUGUGCCUCCCAUGAGCAAUGGAAAAAUCAACCAGAUCAACCAGUCCCAAUCAGCCGAGGAGGCGACCGAAGCACAGAAGUGCCUGAGCCAAACAUUUGGUGAAACAGGGAGUACGGCUGCCAGACGGCCAUUUACAGAGCACGUCUUCACUGACCCUGCUGCGUCUCAGGCGGGCGAUGGAGAAAAUCACAGGGAGAAGGAUAGUUCCAAGGAAGAUGUCAAAACAACUUGUUCUGAGGACCAGGAGGACGGAGAUGAGCCGAGUCCUGUUACAAGUGCUGCCCCCACCAUGUGGCUGGGAGCCCAGAAUGGCUGGCUCUACGUCCACUCGGCCGUGUCCAACUGGAAGAAAUGCCUGCAUUCCAUCAAACUUAAGGACUCCGUUCUCAGCCUUGUGCAUGUGAAGGGGAGAGUCCUGGUUGCCUUAGCAGAUGGGACCUUAGCCAUAUUCCACCGAGCUGAAGAUGGACAGUGGGACCUGAGCAACUACCAUCUAAUGGACCUUGGCCGCCCGCAUCACUCUGUCCGCUGUGUGGCUGUGGUACAUGACAAGAUCUGGUGCGGCUACAGGAACAAGAUCCAUGUUAUCCAGCCAAAGACCAUGCAGAUCGAGAAAUCCUUUGAUGCCCACCCAAGGCGAGAGAGCCAGGUGCGCCAGUUGGCAUGGAUUGGAGAUGGAGUGUGGGUGUCUAUCCGUCUGGACUCGACUCUGCGGCUGUACCACGCGCUGACACACCAGCACCUGCAGGACGUGGACAUUGAACCGUAUGUCAGCAAAAUGCUAGGCACCGGAAAACUGGGCUUCUCCUUCGUACGAAUCACCGCACUCCUCAUAGCUGGAAACAGACUGUGGGUUGGCACUGGAAAUGGAGUCGUCAUUUCGAUCCCACUGACUAAAACCAUAGUGUUACCCCGGAGGAAUCCCCUGGGCCUGAGGGCUACUAAAAUAUCCCCGACAUCCUCGGAAGGUGGGCCAUCGGGAGGAGUCAUUCACGUGUACGCCGACGAAAACUCCGAGGCCUCUGCUGGCAGCUUCAUCCCGUACUGCUCCAUGGCUCAAGCCCAGCUCUGCUUCCAUGGGCACCGGGACGCUGUGAAGUUCUUUGUGUCUGUGCCAGGUAACGUUCUUGCCACCCUGAAUGGCAGCGUUCUGGACAGCCCGUCGGAGAACCCCAACAGCACGGCGCCCAGCGAGGAGGAGACGCAGCACGUGCAGAAGGUCCUGGUGCUGAGCGGUGGCGAGGGGUACAUCGACUUCCGCAUCGGUGACGGGGAGGAUGACGAGACUGAGGAAGGAUCCUCCGAAGAGCAGCCAGUAAAGCCCAUCCUGUCAAAGGCAGAACGAAGCCACAUCAUCGUGUGGCAGGUGUCUUACCUCCAAGAAUGAAGCCUCGGCCGGUCUCCAGAGAUACUGUGAAUGACUCGACUCGUUCCAACUUCCUUUCCCAGCCCAGCCGAGUGACUGGAGAUGUGGCCUCUUUGUAAAGGUCUCCUGCGUUCUCAUUUCUUUGUUCGAUCCUCAGAUGGCACCUCUUUCCAUCUGUACAUAGCAUCUGUAUGAUACAUGCCUGGGUGGAGAAGGAAGGGGUUCCUAGUAUUUGUGGCAGGAGGUGACCAUCAGUGGGGCCUCGCGACAUGUGCUGCCAGGUCUUUACCGUCACGGUGUGUGCACAGCAGGUACGGGCGCCACUGGGCUGUUUGGCAUCACUUACCCAAUCCUCCGUGGCAUCUUUCAGCUUGGCUUUGCUCUUGGACUUGUUCCCUUGGGGUGAGAUGAUGGGACCAUAAAAGUCGUGCAAUGCAAGUUCCUUUGCUUGCGUCACCCUUGAGAACCUUAAUGGAUCAAAACCAAAACCCAGCCUUGAAUUUGCGACCCCGGAGCGAGAAGACGGCCAUUGAAGCUUUGAUCUCCUGCAUUCCUUACUGCUGUCAUGUCCGAUACCCGCCUUGUGCUUUAAUGAAAACGGGAGGAGGCGCGUCACCUGCAAACCCAUGGCUUGAUGUCCCAAUCCACAAAGAACAAAAUGUUUUAAGAAAUAACAUUUGCUGUAAAAUUCUGUCCCGGCUUCCCCCCCCAUGUUAUGUAAGAAAAGUGUCAAACAUGUAUUAAACAUAUCUGUGUUACGAAGUACCGCUGAGCAUGGCGCAUCUUUAACGGGCACAGC